AUGACCAUAGUUAACAAGCCAAAAUCUUCAAAAUCUAAAAAAUCGUCAUCAAGGCGGUCUGACAAAUCUAAGAAACCCCGUACUAAAAAAAUGACAUCACGCACCGCAAAUUUGGGCCGGGUACCACCUGCAGAAGAUCCAAACAAAGUCUCUGUGGAAAAAGGACCUGGAGGUGCUAUUUAUUGUAGAUCAUCUCAAAAAUCUAAGCCUUUUGCCCAAAGAGAUCUAGUUGUUAAUGAUGGAAUUGCCCCGCCACAAAGGAUUCUUUUUCCACCUGAGAAAAUAUGUAUGGAUUGGCAACAAACACAAAGUGUUGGAGUUGGACUGCAGAAUCUCGGCAACACAUGUUUCCUUAAUUCUACUCUUCAGUGUUUGACCUACACACCUCCUCUCGCCAAUUACAUGCUUUCUCUUGAACACACCCAGUCAUGUCAUGAAGAAGGCUUUUGUAUGAUGUGCACAAUGGAAACUCACAUUAACCAGGUCCUGUGUUGCUCUAAUAAUGCCAUCAAACCUACAUCUGUUAUCAAUGGCCUUAAAAGAAUAGGAAAACAUUUCCAUUUUGGCAGUCAAGAGGAUGCACAUGAAUUCUUAUGCUUCACUGUUGAUGCUUUGCAGAAAGCUUGCUUAAAUGGAAGCACCAAAUUGGACAGAUCUUCUCAAGCCACCACACUUAUUUAUCAAAUAUUUGGAGGAUAUCUAAGAUCCCGAGUAAAGUGCUUGAACUGCAAAGCUGUUUCGGAUACGUAUGAACCAUUCCUCGAUAUUACUUUGGAUAUAAAGGCAGUUACAUCUGUCACCAGAGCUCUAGAACAAUUUGUGAAACCGGAACAACUGGAUGGUGAAAAUAGCUAUAAGUGUAGCAAGUGUAAAAAGAUGGUUCCUGCGUCAAAGAGGUAUACGAUACAUCGUUCUUCCAACGUUCUCACAAUAUCUCUGAAAAGAUUUGCGAACUUUACAGGUGGAAAGAUCAACAAGGAUGUAAAAUAUCCUGAAUAUUUGGAUCUUCGAGCCUAUAUGUCCCAAUCAAUUGGAGAACCACUCAUCUAUGCUUUAUAUGCAGUUCUUGUACAUAGUGGUUUCAACUGUAACGCAGGACACUAUCUCUGCUUCAUAAAGGCCGGUAAUGGACUUUGGUAUCGAAUGAAUGAUGCCUCAGUAGACCUUUCUGAUAUCAAAACAGUUCUCAAUCAGCAAGCUUAUGUACUUUUUUAUAUCAGGCGCUAUGAUUUGACACUUGGAGAACGUGCUUUUUACUUACCAGCACCGUCUUACCCCCGUUCAUUCCUUGGUCAGCGGGGAGCUAAUAGUAAGCAGGCUGGAUUUAUGGGACCACGACUUCCUCCUCAUAUGAUUAAGAAUUCAAGUCGUUUAAAUGGAAAUGGACCCCUAAAAGAGGAUGCAAAUACCGUUGGUGUGACCGUAAAAAGGCCGUCUUCAGCUCCACCAACAGCUUGUGUUCAAAAUUGGGCAAUUACCAGGCCUUCAAUUACCGAUCCAUCAAAAAACCAGAAGAUCACUAUCAGUAUUCAUAACAAAUUGCCUGCAUGUCAGACUGUGUCGCAACUUGACUGUCUUAGCAGUGCUGCGGAGGAUGAGGAUCUAAGCAAGCCUGUUCCUUCAUCCACAAUUACAAAUUCUUCUGCAGCAGAGUCUACCUCAAAUGCGUCUACAAUGUCAGUUGCUACUACCGUUUCCAAACAGGAAGUUCCUGAUGAAAUUUUUGUUGAGCCAGCAGUGAAUGGAAAUCCCAGACUCGGCUCUGAUAACGCAGUCCCUUACGGUGCAGAAUCUUCAGGAAAAUCUGAGGAGUCGAAGGGCUUGUUUAAAAGGAAUUGCAACAUAAUAACUUCUAAUGGAAUUUUGAUUGGAAAGGUGGUCCGUACAUUGCAGAACUCCCAUUCUUCCUGUCAGAAUGCUGAAGAAGAAAGAUCCCAACACGAGCUGCCAAAAAAUGAUUCACUAAAUGGUGCUAUUAGUUUAGAUAAUGAAUCUAAAGAAAAUGGACUGAAACUUGAUGAUUCCACUUGCCAAGUCCAACCUGUUAAACCUUCUGAGAUUUUCUUUUCUAAAACAAAUGGAUUGCUUGAAACAAUGCCUAUAGCUAUGUCGCCGGUUCCUCAAGAAAUCAUCUUAGAAUCUCUCACAUACAGCCAGUUAAACAGCUUGUCAGAGGAAAUAAGUGUCCCUGGACCUCAGAAAUCUUCUGAGAAUGAUGCUCUUAUGGAAAAUGUAGUGAUGGAAGCACUGUUUGCCUAUGAAGAAUCCAGGAAGGUUCCUUCCAACUUUAGCUGUGAGGUUGAGAAUCUUUAUACUCAAUCAGGUUCUGAAACCAUUUCUACCAAAGAAGAAGUUGCUGAAAGUAUUAUAACAAAAGCUGAUAAUGCACAUCCCAAUAUCAAUGGUCAGCACAAGGUCAGGAAAAAAUCCAUGGACACUGAAGACGAAUUCCUUGGGCAGUGCGAGUCUGAAGAUAGUAGAGACAAAGACAAACCAAGAAGAUCAAAAGAACCUGAACUCAUUUCAAAAGAAAAUCCUUUGUACAUCAAAGGGUCUCCUGAGAGCGAAGAGAAAUUAGGGCAAGCUUCCUCUAUAAAGUCUGACAUUGAAUGUAGUUCUAAAAAACUUGCAUCGCUAGAUAUUACAGAUAAAUGCCAAGAUACAAAGGACAUUUCUAAUAACUAUGUAGAGGUACCACCUGUUAAUGACUCUUCUAUCACGAAGCUGGAUAAAGUUUUGGAGAGCCAAUUUUCUAGAGAAAACGAGGGAUUGAGUAAUAAAAAAUGUGAGGAUGAUAAACAUAGGAAAAAAUAUAAGAAAAAAAUACACGAGACUAAAAAAACUGACAAAGAGCACUACCGAAAGAAGAGAGAGAACUCAGACACUGAGGAGAGGGAGAAGGAAAAGCAAACCAGAAGCAAAACAGAUGAUCAUUCCCACAAGAGGAGGUGCUCUCGCAGUGUGGAAACAAAUAAGCAAAAUCGUCAUAAACAGGAAUAUUGCAAUGAAAGCAGGUACAGAUCUUCCCAUAAUGAAAGAAACAGUCCAAAUAAUGGCAAAAGCUCAGGAAAAUAUUCUCGCUACAGAUCCCGAAGCAGAGAAAGAACAGAACAAGACAGGAAUAGGUAUUAUCAUUCCAAAGGAGAGAGAACUUGGAGCAGAGAAAGAUACUAUCAAGAUGAACCACGGCGAUGGGAAAAAUGCAGAUACUACAAUGAUUAUUAUUCCUCUUACGGAACAAGAGAUGGUAGAGAGAGAAAGUCCUCUCAUUGUGAUAAAGACUUUGACAAAUCGAGUCAAGCUUACAACAACAGAUCACAUAAGGAUUAUCAUUGCAAAAGCAGAUGGCCUCACAAUGCACCCUCUAGAGAAGACGAUGUACAUCACUUUAGCAGCCACAGAGCAAACUUGCAUCAUUGUUCAGUACCUCAGCAGCAAUCUGAAAAAUAUCCUCGUGAAAGGCAUGCGCUUCCACCUGUGUCAGCUCAUUCCAAUUUCGAGGACUCUUCCUGGGAAAAUGAAAAAAUAAGAAAUGGUAAAAGAAAAUACACCCACACAGAAGGAAUUGGAAGCGGAAGCGAAAUAGAAAAGAAAUGUCGAAAGAUAGGUGACCAAAGAAUGAAAAAAUACAAGAAGGUCAAGAAGAAAAAGAAGUCCAAAGAUAAACAUCGAGAGAAGGAUUACAAACUUUAUGAUUUGGAUUUCUCUGUGCUCCGCUUUGACAAUGACAAUCGCAAACAUAAGAAAAAGAAGAAAAAGAAGAAACACAUCAGGAAACUGAAAGACUUCUUGGAAUAUUUAGAUCCUCAUUUCCAGAAGAAAACACGGGAGAAGAAGGAAGAAUCCUGUCCUCCAGGCGGCUAUUUAUGUGAGCAAUACAGAAACCAGGGCAGUAAAGAACCCUACAAGGAAGGGAAGCCUUCCAGUGCGGGUGAAAGCAAGAAAUACAGCUCCCUCACAUCCAAUGAGUAUGUGAAAGAUGCGGAGCUUACUGAUGGAAGCCUUCAGUACUCAAACUAAACCUACCA